AUGUUCAACUGGGCGAAGCAGCAGCUGGCAAAUGUCGCCGGUAUCCAGGAACCCAUCUACGGCCCUACCGCCAUCAAGUCGGUUGCGGAAGAAGCGGCAACGGUUCCAUAUACCGAGCUCAAGCGCGACGACUUAAAAUGGAGGGCCAUGGACUCGACCUCGGUGGAAACGCAGACCUUCUACUUCAUGUCGACUAGCGGGCAGCUCGGUUGUGCCCAGGUCAUCUAUAGUAAUGUGGUUGGCCUCCAUGUUACCUGCCAGUUUACCGCAAAAGUCUUCUCUCGCGACGCCUCGAUACCCCACAUCUGGUCUUCCACCCAGCUCUCCAACGUUGAUUUCAGCGAUGAUAAGACUUGCUUCUAUGCCGACAACUGCGCCGUCGAACUGUCCGAAGAUGGGACUACGUACACGAUCAAGAGCCUGGCUGAUGAAGGUUGCAUCGUGAAUCUGACGGUUACCCGGACCACCCCCGCUAUCCACGCCGGAACAACAGGUACCACUCUUUUCGGCACCGACUUCACGAAUCCCUGGGGCUUGAUGAGACAUGCCUUCUGGCCUCGAUGCACUAGCGAAGGUACCAUCACCACCCCAGAUGGCCCGAUCGAUUUCUCAGGCCGAGCAUUCUACGUCUACGCCCUGCAGGGCAUGAAACCCCAUCAUGCUGCGUCGAGGUGGAACUUUGUCAACUUCCAGGGCCCAACCUAUUCCGCCAUCCUCAUGGAGUACACCACCCCUCCCUCUUACGGUUCGACGACUGUCUGCGUCGGCAUGAUUGCGAAAGACGGCGAGAUUGUAAGGGCUGGCUGCGACAGUACUGCCACUCACCUCAAGUCCGCAGGCGACCCGGUGAACGACUGGCCCGCCCCCAGCGAGGCCAAGUUUACCUGGUCUGGCAAGACGAAGGAUGGGAAGGAACUUACCGCCGUCCUCGAGGGUGCACUCGGUGAGCGUCUUGAUAGGAUAGACGUCAUGGCUGAAGUUCCUGGAUUUGUAAAGAAGAUAGUACAGACCGCAGCUGGAACAAAGCCAUACGUGUAUCAGUACUCCCCGCAAGUGAAGCUUACUCUUAAGCUCAAGCUUGGUGAAGAAGAGAUCUCGGAAGAAGGUGAGCUUCUAACAGAGGCGACCUUUAUAUCAGAGUAG